AUGCGUGUCCCUCUCCAGCCCCCUCUGCCUCCAACACACAUCGCCUCAGAGCCUCCAGUCAAAGACGCCGAGACCAUCUCCCUCAUCUCCGCAAGACUGCUCAUCCCCGGCCGCGGAGAACCCAUCCAUAAUGGAGUCCUUGCCAUCAAAGGCGGCAAAAUCGACUGGGUCGGAAGCCACAGCGACAUCCCGCCCAAGUACCAAGACAUCCCCCCCAAACAGGUCCCCGUUCUGAUGCCGGGCCUAUGGGACGUCCACGUCCACUUCGUCGGACUGGAUGUCAUCGGCACCAUGGGCGGGGCCAGCCAGUACCUUCCCGGGUACAAUGCCCUGGGCGGCGCCGUCACGGUAGACGAUCUGAAGACGACGUUGAUGGCGGGUUACACGUCGGUGCGGGAGCUGGGUGGUUAUGGCGGCGAUCUGUGGCCUGCUGUGCAGAAUGGCCCGCUCAUCGGCCCCAACAUCUACUCGGCCAUUGCUCCGCUGUCCAUCACGGGGGGUCACGGCGACGACCAUUCAGCGCCUCUCAGCGCUGUCACGGCGGCCAUGAACUGCGGUGGAAGCCCCAUUGGUAUCUGCGAUGGCGUCGAUGACUGUGUCAAGACGGUCCGCAAGAUGGUGCGACGGGGCGCUCGCUGCAUCAAAGUCUGCUCCAGCGGAGGCGUAGGAAGUCUAAACGAUGACCCGGAGGAUCGCCAAUUCUCAGACGACGAGCUCAAGGCCAUGGUGCAAGAAGCAGCCCGGAGCCGACGAGCCGUGGCAGCUCACGCGAUAGGCAAGGCGGGCAUCCUGUCUGCGCUCCGGGCGGGCGUCAAGUCGAUCGAGCACGGCAUGUAUCUCGACGAGGAGGCGGCCGACCUCAUGCUGGAGAAGAACGCCAUCUUCGUCCCUACGCAGCACAUCAUCCGCGUCCUGGCCCGCGACUACGGCGAUCAGCUCCCUCCGCCAGUCAAGCGCAAGCUGUUUGGCAUCAUCGACAAGUCCAAGGACGCAUACAGAUUGGCCAUCAAGAAGGGAGUCAAGAUUGCCCUCGGCACCGAUAUGACCAGCAGCGCCAGGAAGUCUGCGCUCUCACACGGGAACAAUGCUCAGGAACUCACGUACGCGAUUGAAAUGGGCAUGACGCCGCUCCAGGCGAUUGAGUGCGCAACGGCCAAUGGACCGGAGACGCUGGGAGGAAUGGCGCCUUUGAGCGGGCAACUCAAGGUGGGAUAUGAUGCCGAUAUCAUUGCCAUUGCCAAGAAUCCGCUGGAUGAUGUCGGCGUCCUGACGGACCCCAGUAACAUAACACACGUGUGGAAGGGCGGCAAGCUGUUCAAGAGCCGGCCAAGGAUACCAAAUCAGGCGGCCGCCCACGCCUUCUAG